AUGAACAGCACCGAGUCUCUAUAUCAAAGUUGUGUCAUUGACACCUUACCUACCGAUAAAGACGUUAUUAAUGACUUCGGCUUUAAUCGAAUCACAUCGGCUCGUGAGAAAACUUGCCUCCUGGGACUCUAUAAAGGUCUCGUCUUCAGCGGACUCACCAUUGAGGAGCUCCACAAAUUACGAGUCGAAAGCUCUCUAGUCCACAAUAUCAUAAAAGUCCUAGACGAAAUGCCGAACGAACGUCGAGCAGAGGACUUCCCGUGGCUUUCGAAUCAAGCAUAUACCCUGGAAAGGCUAUCCUUGCCGAAGACAAAGACGAUGUCACCAGCACAGAAGGGCUCACACAUGAAUCAGUUAGUGUGGGCUUUUGUGUGCUUUGCUUUGAUCUGGUUCUUUUAUGCUUUUGGAUCCAACGAUCACGAUCUAUCGAUGGAGCACGAAGACGUCACUCUUUAG